CAGAAAGUUCACAGCUCGUCAAACUCUCAGAAUGAAUGGUACGGCUUAUACCAACUUUGACAACCAAGAACAUGUCCUGAAACUGGGAGAGACGUUUGAGAAACACCCUAGAAGCGGCUACCACACAGUGCGAUAUGACUUCAAACCAGCCUCCAUUGAUACAACGUGUGAAGGGGAGCUUGAAGUGGGCAAAGGAGAGCAAGUCACUAUUACUUUACCCAAUUUAGAGGGUUCAAGUGCUCCAGUAACCGUUUUCAAGGGAUCUAAGAGACCGUACAUGAAAGAGUGCAUCCUCAUUGUGAACCAUGACACAGGAGAAUACAGACUCGAGAAACUCAACAGCAACAUAGCUGUCAAGAAGACCAGGGCCGAGGGGAGCAGCAAGAUCCAUUCUCGCCUGGAGCAGCAGACCAGUCGCCUGGGCCAGCAUGUGAAGACUAGCAGCAGCAGCAGCAGCAGCAGUAACAAAGCCUCAGCUAGCUCCAAAAGUUCUCCUCCCAAAGAAAAGCAUCCAGCGUCACCCAUGGACGACAUCGAGAGAGAGUUGAUGGCAGAGGCGAGGGUCAUGGACCAAAUGAGCAGCGACAGCUCCUCAGACUCCAACAGCUCCUCCUCCUCCAGCAGCGAGGACAGUUCCAGCAGCAGCGACUCUGAAGAUGAACGGACGUCCGCGCCGCCUCCGCCCCCGCCCCCGACACACCACAGCAUGCCUAUCCUCAACACCAGCAGCACCAACAGUCGCCCCCACGAGAGCGGAGGAGGACUUAUGAACACACUCAAAAGUGACCUCCAGCUGAGUGAAUCAGGCAGUGAAAGUGACUAAACAUGAGGACAUCCUGUCAACAUCAGGAGG